ACCACAGAAGAGGAGAAACGCUGCAGAGUAUGGGACGCUGUAGCACUUUCUGAAAUAUUUGCUGGGGAUCCCCGUGGAGCAUGAUCUUUUAAAACUAUCCUUUUUGAAGCUGGUUUGGGUAACUGGGAAAAUGAUACAUAUGCUAAAUGCAGCAGCUGAUCGAGUGAAAUGGACCAGGUCGGGUGCUGCUAAAAGGGCCGCCUGCCUGGUGGCUGCGGCAUAUGCUGUGAAAACCCUCUACCCCAUCAUUAGCAAGCAUUUAAAGCAAACUGGCCACAGGAAGAAAAAAGAAGCUCGCGGGGCUGCAGAGAACAGAGAAACACUGCAUUGCACCGAGAUUACUGGUAAAAAACCUUCGCCUGGAGUGAAUGCAGAUUUUUUCAAACAGCUACUAGAACUUCGGAAGAUCCUCUUUCCAAAACUUGUGACCACUGAGACAGGGUGGCUCUGCCUCCACUCGGUGGCUCUCAUCUCAAGAACCUUUCUGUCUAUCUAUGUGGCUGGUCUGGAUGGAAAAAUCGUAAAAAGCAUUGUGGAAAAGAAGCCUCGGACUUUCAUCAUCAAAUUGAUCAAGUGGCUUCUGAUUGCCAUCCCUGCCACCUUUGUCAACAGUGCGAUAAGGUACCUGGAAUGCAAAUUGGCUUUGGCCUUCAGAACUCGCCUAGUAGACCAUGCCUAUGAAACCUAUUUUACGAAUCAGACUUAUUAUAAAGUGAUCAAUAUGGAUGGGAGGCUGGCAAACCCUGACCAGUCUCUUACUGAAGAUAUUAUGAUGUUCUCCCAGUCUGUGGCUCACUUGUAUUCCAAUCUGACCAAACCUAUUUUAGAUGUAAUUCUGACCUCCUACACCCUCAUCCAGACUGCUACAUCCAGAGGUGCGAGCCCAAUUGGGCCCACUCUAUUAGCAGGACUUGUGGUAUAUGCCACUGCUAAAGUGUUGAAAGCCUGCUCUCCCAAGUUUGGUAAAUUGGUGGCUGAAGAAGCGCAUAGAAAAGGCUAUUUACGGUAUGUUCACUCCAGAAUUAUAGCCAAUGUUGAAGAAAUUGCAUUUUACAGAGGACAUAAGGUAGAAAUGAAACAACUCCAGAAAAGUUACAAAGCUUUAGCAGAUCAGAUGAACCUCAUUUUAUCGAAACGUUUGUGGUACAUUAUGAUAGAGCAGUUCUUGAUGAAGUAUGUUUGGAGCGGCAGUGGACUAAUUAUGGUGGCUGUACCUAUUAUCACUGCAACUGGCUUUGCAGAUGGUGAAGACGGCCAAAAACAAGCUAUGGUUAGUGAACGGACAGAAGCCUUUACCACUGCUCGAAAUUUAUUGGCCUCUGGAGCUGAUGCCAUUGAACGGAUUAUGUCUUCAUAUAAAGAGGUCACUGAAUUAGCAGGCUAUACUACUCGAGUGUACAAUAUGUUUUGGGUAUUUGAUGAAGUUAAAAGAGGCAUUUAUAAGAGAACUGCUGUCAUGCAAGAAUCUGAAAACCAUGACAAGAACGGAGCUAAUAUAGAAUUACCUUUCAGUGACACACUGGAAAUCAAAGGAAAAGUUAUUGAUGUGGAUCAUGGAAUUAUUUGUGAAAAUGUUCCCAUAAUUACACCAACGGGAGAAGUGGUGGCUUCCAGUCUAAACUUCAAAGUACAAGAAGGAAUGCAUCUUUUGAUUACUGGUCCCAAUGGUUGUGGAAAGAGUUCUCUCUUCAGAAUUUUAAGUGGGCUCUGGCCUGUGUACAAGGGAGUCCUCUAUAAACCACCUCCCCAGCAUAUGUUCUAUAUUCCACAAAGGCCAUACAUGUCUCUUGGAAGUCUUCGGGAUCAAGUCAUCUAUCCUGAUUCAGUGGAUGACAUGCGUGAUAAAGGCUACACAGACCACGACCUGGAAUGUAUCCUACACAAUGUCCACCUCUAUCACAUCGUUCAAAGAGAAGGAGGAUGGGAUGCUAUUAUGGACUGGAAAGAUGUCCUAUCAGGAGGGGAGAAGCAAAGAAUGGGCAUGGCUCGAAUGUUUUACCAUAGACCAAAAUAUGCAUUGCUGGAUGAAUGUACCAGUGCUGUCAGCAUUGAUGUUGAAGGAAAGAUAUUUCAGGCUGCAAAGGGGGCUGGAAUUUCCUUGCUAUCCAUAACACACAGGCCUUCUCUUUGGAAAUACCACACUCAUUUAUUACAGUUUGAUGGUGAAGGAGGUUGGCGCUUUGAACAAUUGAAUACUGCAGUCCGUUUAACACUGAGUGAAGAAAAACAAAAACUAGAAUCUCAGCUAGCUGGAAUUCCCAAAAUGCAGCAGAGACUCGAUGAACUAUGUAAAAUUUUGGGUGAAGACUCAGUGCUGAAAACAAUCAAAAAUGAAGAUAAAACAUCAUAAUUUGUUUUGACAUGUUUUAAGAGUUUAUUUUUAGGUAAAGGCUCAGAGACACUCUGUUGUAAGUGCAUGCAUUGUGUUAAGCUAAGCACAGAGAAAAAAGCAGUAAGAAAUAUUUUGUAAGAUUUUAGCAUCAAGGAAAAAUAUGACCUGACUUUUCAGAAGAAAAUAAGCAAAUGCAUUAUGUAAGAUUAGUCAACAUGGCUUGUACUAAUUCCUGGUGAAAACCUAUUUCACCUGUAAAACAGGGUUUUCUAAGUGAAUUAAUGGUGAAUACCCAAUUUACUAUGUGUAUGUGAUGUGCUUGAAGUCCUUAACAAAUGUGGCAGGAAUCUUCAGAACAGAACAACUUAAGAGCAGCAUUUGGGUUGAAAUCAGAUGCAUAAAAUUAGAAGUUUGAAUAACAUUUCAGUCUAUUUAUGGUUAUUAGGUUUAAUAGCUACAAUUCAGUUUCAUCAUUGCUAGUGGUCAAUUAAAUCUGUGCACAAAAUAGCUGACAGUUUGAUCAAUAAUUUGAAUAUGAAAAAACUCUUUUAAUGGCAAUGGCUAAAAGGAAGAAGCCUGGCUAUCUAUGUAUACAAUGCCAUAUUUUUAAUUUUAGGUUAUUAUGAGUGUCUUAAUGUGGGCACAUACCAAAUUAGUUUUCAUGAAACUCUUACAUAUUUGUUAAUCCGUUCUUUCAUUUUAAAGAGAAUUGCCAAUACAGAAAAGGAGUUUCUAAGCGAUGUUUGUCUCAGCCUGUUACUUUACUUGGCAGCAUUAUCUAUCACAACUUCUGUUCAGAAAUACUUAGUUCGUUUUUGUGCACAAAGGAGUCUACCACAUUUUAAAAACAGCACUAUAAUAAUAGAAUAUAGGAAUCUAAAUCAUAGUAGUAAUAGCAUCCAAUGGAAUAACACUUUAUAGUUUACAAUUCUCACAUCAUUUUAUUUUCAUCCUGUGGCAAUCUUUUGAGACAGAUACUGUUUUUCUUAAUUUGCUCUGAAAAAAAUGAAAAACUUGCCCUAAUUAUGCAUUUUAUUUAGGAACAGAUCCAGGGAUCAAAUGAAGUUCUCCUCAUGCCCUGGUUCAGUGCUAUUUCCACUUCUUAUUAUCCUUAAAAUCUAACUGGGCUGUAAUAUCAAUAAAAGUUAGAUGAGAUAUGGGGGAAAAAUAAAUUUGGUAAUGUUAACAUUGUUAUUUGAUUAUUGUUUACAAUGUAUGGAAAUUAAGUCAUUGGUCUGUGGUUUAAAAUGAGCCAAGAAAGUUAGCAAAUCUUUUAGCAACUAUGCACUCAUAAUAUUAAGUUACCUCCACAGACAGCAAUCAGAAGGGGAAUUAAUUGUGUUGUAGGUAAAGUUAAUAUUUAUUGAACAUAAUGAGAAAGAAUCUGCGUAGGAAUAGUCAUAGGAAAUAAAUCUUAUCUAUUCAUGUGCCCUCGAGUUUGAAGUACAAAAACCAGGCCUGCCAUUUUCAUCUUACUGUCUAUACCACCAUGUUGCUAGGCCAGGGGACAAAAAAAGGGGGGUAGUGAUCAGCUGUUAGUGGUUUAGAAUCUUAUUUGCAUAUUUAGAGACAGGCCUAAUAGUUGCUAAGUCAGUGAUUCUCAGACUUUUCAGGCGUUAGGGUACCUGGAAGUCAUUCUUGAUUAUUGAGGGAGAACAUCAUGACAUUUUCAAUUUCUGCCAUGCUAACUAGGACACUUGAAAUCAUCAAUAAAUGUAACUACCUUAUAUGAAGGAAUGCAAUAUAAAAUCAUAAUCAGUACCUCUAACCUUUUCUUUUAGUAUAGUUAGCUACUCAUUUAUUCACUUGUCAGUUAAUACUACUUCUUUUAUAAAAGCGAGGCAAGUAUCAAAGGUUUAGGAAUAAGCACAGAACCAAAAUUUAAACUUAAUAAAAAUUACCCACUAACGAUAAUUUCUAUGUUAGCAGUUAUCCAGUUUAUACUGCUUUGGGGGAAAAUCUGAGGCAAGCAUCCAUAAGUUAACUUUUAAGGGAAAAUGAAAAGUCCUCAUUUGAAACAUAUGUAUAAUUUUCAUGCCUUAAUUUUCAUAAUUUGAAAAAUAAAGGCUUUAGGACCCAAUAUAUUAUGUUUUAAAACUUUGAGCAAAAUGCCAAAACAAAUAUUAGAUUUGUAAUUAUGUAAUAUAUCCUACCAAUGAGCUGAAGUAAAUAAGACUCAUUUAUAUGUACAGGAUUCAAGGAUGUUUAAAAUUUUGUACUAAAAAUUACACACACUAUAAUUUAAAUGUUAAAGUUGAACAGAAACAUGUUUUCCAUGAACUUUUUGUGCCUCUUUAUUUUCUGAAUUUUUUUCUAGGACCAAUAUCCUCUAAUUUGGAGAGGAAAAAUAUCUGUGAUUUGAAUUUCUAUUUAUGUACUAUAUAACAUAUACCAUAUUUUACUAUUCUUAUAUUUUAUAAAAAAUAUGAACAAGAUUAAGAAGCAAAAUAACCAUCUUUGAAUAUAACAAGGAAUAGAUGAGGAACGGAAAAAGAAAAUAUACUUUAAUUUUCAAACUACUUUGAAACCAUGUUAUCUAUUUUCCCAAACUAUUGACUUCUUUGUUUGUUUGUUUGUUUGUUUUUGUUUGUUUGUUUGUCAGAGAAAGCUGCAAGCUUAUGAAGCUUGAUUCUUAAUGUGCACUUUGGUUAAUUUUUAAACUUGGAAAAUAACUUGCAUUUGGUGAAAAUGUUGCAUUCUAUUUCUACAGCAUGUAGUGUUAUGCCAAGCAUGAGUUUAAAAUAGUAUGUGUUCUUGCAAACAAGAUAUUGUGUAAAAAUCCCUUCCCAGUAAUCUCAAGGAGAAUGAUAUAUCUUGAAAUUCAACCCAAGUUUACAUUUGUUUACAAUGGGAAUGGUUUUCCCUUGAUAGUAAUUUGGUUUUUGUGUCAAAUUUUGCUCUGCCAGUGAAGGUAAAAAAUGAACAUUAGUUUUUUAUUUGUGACUUUGGUUCCAAGUAUGAUUCCAUAUUUGGCAAUAAGAAUUUGUUAAGACCUGGAAUAGUUUUUAAUUCCAUAAGCCUAGAAAACUUGGUUACACAUUCGAACCCAAAUCCAGAGAAUGUUACAUACUUCUGAUGUGUGCAGAAAAUGGUCAUGAUUAUUAAACCAUUGAUGGAAAGAGAUGCCUUUGAUACUUUAUGAGCAAGAUUUAUCCACAUGUGGAAGUGUAAGGUCCUUUCACCUAACCCAGGGUAUUUACAUUUCUGCUGAUGCACAUUUAGGAAUGUCCAGUAUGUUCUAGAGUUGGACGUGUGCUAUUUGCCACAUGAGAAUUUUCAGGUGGGUGUAUAAAAUAUUUUUAUUAAAAACAAAUCCCUUCUUCA